GAGGCCACGGCUGCGAUCACACUGCCACUCGCCGCAUUUUUACUCGUCACUUCACACGCGUUUUUUUCCCAAAUCGUGCUUUUUUGUGAAGUGUUAAUUUCGUUUCUUACAAAUCAGCUCGGCGUUAUAUGUGCGCAGCCAUCGAAAAAUUGAUUGCGGGCACGGAGCUAAAGUUGCAAACAAGUGCGUGCAAUUUGCACGCAGGAAAAUGCCAAAAUUCGUACCGAUUCGCAGCGCGCGUUUGUGUGUGUGAGUGUAAAGAAGGUGAAGCAGAGAAGCGAAGAAUUGCGAAAGCAGUGUGUGCGAGGCGGAAGAAGCACAAAGACAAAAGGGAGGCGAUAAAAAUUCGGACAGGCGGUGCUGUCCGGCAAUUAAAAAUAAAAUAACAAGAAUACAAGCGGAAUGCAGGAAAGGGGUAAGGGAAUCUCAGCAAACAAUAAGAACCCAUCCCGAACGCCUUGCCCGUAUUUGGUACCAAAUCAUUUUUCCCGCCUCUACUUUUACAGUGUUCAGAAAUUAGCCAACGCAUUUCCACCCAGUUUGUGGAGCCAAACAGAAUAGUUUUUGAAAAAUCGCCGCGUGUGUGAAAUCUCAACGAAUCCACUACAAAAUAAAAAAAAAUUUUAAAACCACGGCGUGCGUAAGCGUACUCACACUCUCACACACGCACAGACAGAAAGAGAGAGAGAGAGAAAGAGAGUGUCAGCGAGCGACACACGCACACGAACUCGCGGGCAGGAAUUGCAACAGUGUGUGCUCCUUUUUUUUCUUUUUUUUUUUUACUCACGUUUUGUUGUUGUGUGUGCGGCGGCGCUUCUUUUGGCUUUUUGUGUCUCUCUUUUGUGCCGUUGCUUCGCCGGCUAAAAAAGAAACCGAAAAUUUAAAUUGGCAUAAUGGAGGAUGGACAGGAGCAGAGAGAAUCCUCGCAAGCGGAAUUGACUAAACUGCAUCCACUGACGCCGCUAAGGGAGAUGCCCGAAGAGGAGGAGGAGGAGGAGGAGGAUGAAUCCUCGGCGGGAGCCCUGCACCGGGCGGGCAACAACAACUCCAUCAUAGGCAAGAUGAAGAAGCGCGUAUCCAGCAUUCUUCCCGCCUCCCUCAGCGGCUGGUUUUCGCCAUCGUCUAAAGGAGGCCCCGAAUCCUCCGCUGCCACUGCCGCCGCCGCCUCAUCCUCAUCCGCAAAUCUCCGCCAGCCACGCCAGUCCAAUGGACGCUCCGCCACGAAACGGAAACGUGGACGCCGUCGCAUCAUGCUGGCCGAAGUAGAUGCGGAUGCGGCCGAUGACCUGGAUGAUGGCUCUGACGCCAGAGGGCUCAACUACGAGGAGGUGGCCCUAGCCGACAACAUUGCCGAGCACGACCUGGCCGCCGAGGAUGAGCAGACGCGGCGCAGCGAGUACAAUGAGUUCCUGCUGCGCAAGCGACGCGAGGCAGUUGCCGCUGCCGGCGGCGACGAGGAUGAGGUCGAGGAGGAUGACCUGGAGGAGGAGGAAGACGAGGGCGACGAGGAGGACGACGAUGAGGAGCAGGAAAAUCUCCUGCAGGCCGCCGCCGUGCAGCCCAAGCGUCGACGUCUGGAGCUGGAGACCACCGUCAACUUGCCCAACAUGCGCCGUCUGCCUUUAUUGUCAUCCACGCCUGCUGCUCCACUCGUGGCCGCCACCAGCUCCUCUUCCUCCCAUAUGGCGGGGUCUAGGAGCAGCAGCAGCAGCAGCAGCAGCAUCCAGUUGGCUCCACACCGGCGCAACCACCUCAAUUUGUAUGGCGGUCAACGGCAACGCGAACCCGCCUACAACUUUUUCACGGGCAACGAAGCCGCCGAGGGCAGUACAGGGGAUCUGCCGCACAGCAUACGCCGUUCGCUGAACAUACCUUUCGGAGGCAGCAGCGCCGCAACUAGCCACAACAGCCUCUCCAUCUCCUCCAGCCUUCCCAACCACAAGCGACCCUCGCUCCUGGGCAACCGAACUCAUCGUCGUGAUCUUACCAUGGACGAGACGGGAACUGGUGCCGACGGAGAUCGCCUCGAUCAUUUACUGAGGAUCAGCAAGACCAACAAUAACAUAAGUAACAAUAAUAAUAAUAACAACAAUGUCAUCAAGUCCAAAUCAAGACGAACCGAACUGUCAGCAGUGGUCGAACGAGGAGGAGGAGGAGCAGGAGGCGGAGUUGGCGGAGAUUCACAGUCCGAGGGCGAUAUAAACGAUUACCACGACAAUAGCGAAGGACACGAUGGACUGCGACCUUCGCAUCAUAACAGCAAUAGCAAUCUGGAAUUCUAUGGCAAUCUGCAGAGCGCCAAGUCGAUAUUUAACAGAAGCAGCGCCACCGCCCAGCAAGCGCACCGCAAUUCCACGUGGUCUCUGAACUCGCUGAACCAGCGUCGUCGCUUCAAUGCCUCCAUUUACGGCAGCACCUCGGCGCUGAGCGACAGUCGCCUCCUGAGUCGCAGUGCCUCAACCUCCGGCUCUGCAUCUGCCUCCAGCUCGCCCUUUUACCAGGGACGCACCACCUUCGGCGGCAAUUCUGCGAACAAUCGCAUCUUCAGUCGCAGCAAUCUAAGCUCCUCCGCUGCCUCCUCAACGUUGGCCAUUAAUUCAGCCGGCAGCUCACCGGCGCAUACGCUGCAGGGAUCCCUAUCCGGUGUUAUGGGCUACGGCAUGAAACCGGUGGACAUGCGACCCUCGACCAGCAGCAACCUUCCGGAGUCAUCAGUCGGCCAGAGUGGCAGCACAAAGCCUAGCUCCGGCCUGUCGAACACCACACUACGCAUCCUCAGUCUGCUCGAAAGCUACUCCACGCCCCUGAUCGAUGUGAAGCGCAUGGGCAGCACCCUCAAGGAGCACCAAAGCAGUCGCCAGCAUCGCCAGGGUAUCGCGGCCACGCCGUAUCCACGUCCCUCGUAUGCCAAUGCUCCGGUGCCCACUCCUGUCAACGAGUUGGCCGAACUGCGCUCCAGCCAACUGCUGGUGCCGACGAUGCAGCAGCUGUUGGAACGCCGACGCCUUCAUCGCGUCACUCAGAGCUCGCGCGAUCUGAUGCACAGCCAGAACACGCGCGUUCGAACGGAGAACAGCCAAGAUAAGGCCAAUCAAGCGGCGACACCACUCGUUGCUCCGGUGGAUCAGCCGGCCAGCCAUAGUCACCACACCAACAAGAUGCGUUCGCGACUCUCACACCAGACGCGCAGCAAGGAGCCACGCGCGGAUCUGGAGGAGGCACCCCUGCCGCUGGACCUGCCACAAAUCAGCUUCCCCGACAUGGCCAGCACGCCAAAGUUCGAUUUGGUCAUCAAGCCGACGGUGCCAGUGGUCUCGAAACCGCCUUCCAUGCUCCCAACCACAAGUAACAAGAGCGAAAUCAGCAGCAGCAGCAAAAGCAGCAGCAGCAGCAUCAACACUACGAACUCCAAGCAGCUGCCCAACUUCCUUAUUAAUCCACAGCCAACGGCUACCGUUGUAAACUUUUCUGCCAAUGGAAACGUUGCCCCAGUUGGUGGCAAGUCAGCGAAACGCACAUUUAGCUUUGCGGAGCCAAUGCCACUGCUGUCUGGUGGCUCGCACGAAAACUGCGUGGCCCAGCCCCAGAAUAUCAGGCGCAAUUUCUUCUUCCCGGCGCCAACUCCACUGGAUGAAAUUCAGCACCAGCAGCAGCAGCAGCCGCCAGUGCAGCCAACGAUGAACGGAGCAUCAGCACUGGGCUUCGGCGAGCAGUUUAAAAAGUCAUCCAAGGAGUGGGAGUGCGAUGUUUGCAUGGUGCGCAACAAGGCGGAGGUUAGCAAGUGUGUGGCCUGUGAGUCGGCCAAACCGGGAGCAACUUCGGCUCCAGCACCCAUGCCAGCCAUUGUGCCACUGGGCAGUGGCUUUGGCGACCGUUUCAAGAAAUCCUCGUCUGCCUGGGAGUGUGAUGCCUGCAUGCUGUCCAACAAGUCCGAAGCCAGCAAGUGCAUUGCCUGCGAAACUCCACGAAAGACUGCGGCGCCGAAGGUUAACAGCUUUCCGCUGAUCACAAACAAUUUGGCUUCGGCUUCGGCUGCGGGUACGGGUGCGGGCUCGGGAUCCGGUUUCGGUAUGGCCUUCAAGCCCAAGGCCAACACGUGGGAGUGCCAGACGUGCCUGGUAAUGAAUCAGUCGAGCGCCGGGGAGUGCAUCGCCUGCCAGACGCCCAAUUCACAAGCGAAAAGCGCCAGCGGCGAAUCGGCACGGAGUAACUCGGCAUCUUCCUCCUCCUCGUCGACAUCCUCCUCCUCCGGAUCAUCAUCUGGCUCCUCGUCCGGGUCAUCGUGUGGUUCAUCGGCCGCGCCAUCCCCAGCCAGAUCAUCGCCGUCUAUCAACAGCAUUGGCUCCUCGAGCGACAUGGGAUCGGCUGCUGAGGCGCCCAAACUGGAUGCGGGAUUUCAGAAGCUGGUGGCUGCCCAAAAGGCAGCCAGUUGGGACUGCGAUGCCUGCAUGGCCCAGAAUGACAUGUCGCGCCUCAAGUGCAUCUGCUGUGAGCAACUGAACCCUGCCGCCGCCAGCUCCGCUUCCUCAUCAUCCGCCAUCUCAAUUUCAUCUGGCAGCAGUGGUGGUGCGACGACGAUCCCCGCCAGCAGUUCGGUGCCCAAGUUUAGCUUUGGAUUUGCGACUGUUAAAGAGGUGGUCAAACCAGCCGUGGAAACCAUUCCUGCCCCUUCAGCAGCACCGCCAGCUACGUCCCAAUUCACCUUUGGAUUCGGUCAGAGCCAAGAGAGCAAGGAGAGUAAGGAUGUGGCGGAUAGCAAGAAGACGGAGCCAACUUUUUCGUUCGGAGUCAGCAAUGUGGAACAGCCAAAGACUGUAAGUUUCAAGGCGGACACGAAAGAUACGAAGGCCACAUCCAGCACGGAAACAACAGCUCCAACAGCUGCACCAGCUGCUCCAGCCCUCCAGUUUGUCUUCAAAGCCCCAACCACUGCAGCAGCUGCAACCACAGCCAGCUCAAUCACUACCAUUGGGAGCAGCAGCAGCAGUAGCAGCAGUAGCACCACCAUCACCGCUCCUGCUCUGGGAGGCUUCAGCUUUGGUGCUCCAGCCUCAGCCUCAUCAUCAUUCUCAUCCUCAUCCUCGACUGUGUCCAGCUCGACGGCCAGCUCAAGUGCGAACCCCACGGCUGUCAAGCCCAUGUUCAGUUUUUCGGGAACGGGAUCGGGAUCGGGAGCGGGAGCUGGCAGUGCUGUCAGCAGCACCAGCAGUAGCCAGCAGCCGACGGCCAAGGCGGCAGCCCUCAGCUUUGGUGUUUCCUCGAAUACCAUAACAACAACGACGACCUCUACGACAGCCUUUGCUCUAACACCCACAGCAACGCCGGCGGCAGCACCUGCUCCGGCUGCCAAUUUUAGCUUUGGAAGUCAGCCGAAAGCAGCGACUGUCACUGGAACUGGGGCUUUCUUCUUUGGCCAGACGCCGGCAGCCAUGGCACCAACUACCACCACCGUGAGCUCCAUUUUUGGGUCAGCGGUGAGCACCAGCACGACCUCCAAUUCCAGCUUCAGUGGCAAUACUGCCACCACAACCGCCGCCGCCGUCGCUGCUGUAGUUCCAAGCUUUGCGCCCACCUCCACCCCGCAGCUCUUUGGCAAUUGGGGUGAAAAGAACAGCGGCGCGACCAAGCCAUUCAGCUUUGGAUCUUCUGCCGGUUUGGGAACGUCGCCGGCACCACCCAGCUUUGGCUGGCCAAGCAAUGGAGCCGCUGCCCAGAGCAACAGCAUUGCACAGGUAGUGACCAGUGCGGCGGCAGUGUCCUCAUCCUCGGUCUCCACAAUGGUGGCUCCGGUCUUUGGCAGCAGUUCCAUGUUUGGAGCCGCCAGCAGCAGCAACAGCACCACCAUCAGCACAAGCAGCUCACCCUUCGGAUCGACGGCGACCACAGCGGCAGCCACGCCAGCGGCAUCAUCUGCUAGUUUAGGUGGCAAUGGAGCCCUCGCCGGCAUCUUUGGCAAUGUGGGCAACUCUCUGGUGGCGCCUGGAGCAUCGGCAGCCACCACGCCCGCUGCCGCAGUCGCUGCUCCGCUGGCCAACAUCUUUGGCAAUGUGACGCCAAUGGCAGCGGCUGCGCCCGCGCCCGUUUUUGGCAGCAGUACCAGCACAAGCGGUGGAUUCGGAGCAGCUGCAGCGUCGGCCAACACAGCGUUACCAGGAUCGAAGCUAGCAUUUAACUUUGGCGGAGCAACAGCAGCCACGCCAGCUCCCGCUGGAGCACCAUUUAAAUUCGGGACCACCACCAAUGCACAGCCCGCCAAGCCUGCAUUCAACUUUACGGGCCCCGCGGCGAGCUCAACUCCUCAGGCGGCAACCUUCAACUUUUCGGCCAAUACGGCGGCCAGCAGUCUUUCCGGCGGCGAUCCGCAGCAGCGCAUCUUCCAAUUUGGUGUUUCGACGACGGCGGCGACGGUUGGUAACCAGGCUGGUGGAGUGGGUGGAGCCACCACCUCCUCCGUACCGCCGCCUAUGUUCAAUUUUAACGCCGCGACGCCACAGAUGCAGUCAACGCCGAAUGCCAAUGCACCGUUCCAAUUUAGCGCCGGUUCCCCAGCGACAGCCAAUAUGUUUGCCUUCAAUCCGCCAGCCGCUGGCAACUCGGCGCAGAAUUCGCAGAUGGCGCGUCGCAAGAUCCGGGCUCCCAUGCGCCGCCUGCCGCCCCGGUAGAAAUGGCAUCGCAGUCGGCCGUCGAGAUAGCAACUCCAUCUGCUGAGGCCGCCAUCGGAUUAGGAUUAGGAUUUGGAUAUGGGAUGCCAGUGGUCGCAGGAGGAGGACGUGAAGCAGAGGGGGAAGACAAGACAGAAGCAGA